GGGCCAUUGAAGUGCGUGAAACCUUCAUUCGACACACUGUUUAAUCAGCAGGUGUCUCGCUUUGAUAAUACUUAAAAGCAAAGUUGGUGCAUCGGUAAUCCAGUCUGUAUUUGUCUGCCCCGGUAACUCGAGUACUCUGAAAUAAGUUAGUAAAAGAAAUCGUUUUUACGCCGAAUAUGGCGUGUGUGAAAUUCCUCAUUAUUGCGGCAGCGCUCUUCGGCUGUGCCAACGCUAAAUUCGUCUGGGAGCCUGACACCAACAACGACUUCCCUGCCGUAACUAAAAAGUUCGUCUUUGUUUCACACACUUUACAGAUGCCAAUGCCUGUGCCGCCCACCCCUCCCCAACUCCCGUUCGCCCCAUUCCCUCCUUUCCCAAACUUUGCUCCUUUCCAACCGAUCCCACCAAUCCAGCCGUUCGCACCUAAUGCUUUUAAUUUCCCGAUGCCCCAUAUAAUAACCGCUGACGAGAUUAAGAAUGCGAAGCCAGGACCGAACGGCGUGUACAACGGUGUGAUGGUGUCGUCAAACAGCAACUCAUACAUAGACAAGGACGGGAAUGUCGUGAAAAAGGGAGGCACUGCGGCCCUCAUCAACCAGGAUGGAAAGGUGCAGGAGUUUGAACAGGGCAAUGCACCACCUGAUAUCAACAAACCUAUCCAGGUCAAGCCGCUGUGGUGAAGUACCCUCUAUUUCCCCCACACUACCCAAUAACAUAACACAACACUGCUACUUAUACUAUUCAACAUUAACAUUAACAUUUUUAUUUUGACUACAAAGACGAACUCUU